AUCCGUGCUCGAGAUACAGGGCAGUGAGUCGGAGUAUGCAGAAACCUGUACUGGAGGGAGCACCCCGGCACACUAACUCAAGACGAGCGGUACCUGCGUGCUUUGGUUCGCUUUAAGCUCUAAAACGAGGCUUUUUUGAUCCACGGAAUCACCGCAUUCAGGAGAGGAUUUCCGCCUUGUAAGGUUGGUGGACUUUUCUUAUUACAUGCUGUGCUGUAGUGGUCGUGUUGUUCUCGUAACAGUGUCCCAAAAUGUGACAGGUGAAAAUAUCAACGCUGCCUGGUGCUGUUUUCUGUUAGUAUGAACAACACUGUGGAAGCGUGAAUUUCUAAAGUUGCAUAACUGUGUCAGUGUGAGGGUCAAUCCCGGUCAGCAGGCCAGCAGACCUGCCCACAUGACAUCGGGAAACCAGAGUCCAUCGGAUAACAUUGUCGUGCUUUCUAAAAUGCCAUCAGUGGAGUCCUCUUAUAGGCGGUUAAAUAAUACAAACGUGACCAAAAGUAGUGGAAAACUCUCACUGGGACAGAGUUAGGGGGAGUUUACUGUCAUGGUGCAUGUAGACGUGCCUGUGCUGUCACAUGAAAACUUGGGCAUCACGCCUUACAUAAAGAGUCGACUGCAGCAGCAGCAGCAGCACAUGGCACAAGUUCAUACGCAGCAGCACCGAUCAGAGAAUUUGAGCCGCUCCUGGAUGUUCGAGUCAGCCUGCUUGCGUAUCGAGCUUACAUAAAAGACACCUUGCCCAUUUGAGGAAUUCAUUUAUUAUGCGUUGAUGCUUUUUAUGGAUUGGGAAAGACGCAAGUGCAACUGAUUGUUUUAGUUGAGCUUCUAGAGUACAAUUUUGUCUAUUUGUGAAUGUGAACUUGACUUACAUACCACACAGGUUUGUUGGCAUUUAAGGAGAAUGACUCCAAGUUAAGUAACAAAUGACUCUGCUGUUGUUAGGUAAACUCCAAACAAAAAAAAAACGCCCUUUUUUUGAGCAAGACGACACAAUGCAUUCCUGAUGUUAUGUAAAGAGUUUCCAAAUGGAGAUUGGGAAUUUGCUGUACAUAGUAAACUGAAAGCAUUAUAAUAGCCUACUAACUGAGGAAAGAGGUUGUUUGCCUCAAAGUGAAAGUUUAGUAGAUUUAUAUAGCACUUUUCAUACACAACCAUGGAGCACAAAGAAUACCCAAAUCUACCCCAGCCCAACCCCUCAUUCCCACCCCACAAUCGAAAUGCAUCAGAAACAGUAUUAAAAUGCAUUAACUUUAAAAAAGGGCUUGAUUUUAAAACCCAAGAUAAGGAAUCACUAGAAGUUUAGGUUAAAAUCUAAAAACAAAGUUGCAUAGAAUGAAAUUUAAGAAAUAUUAAAUACAGUGAAAUGAACACAGCAGUAAAAGAUACUCAAAUAAGAGCACCAAAAUAGCUCAAUAAAAGACAAUCAUGUCAUUAAGAUAUUAAGAGAUAAACAUGAAAACACUUAAAGUCAAUGAUAUAAAAUUUAGUUAAAAGCAAGACUAAAAAGGUAUGUUUUCAGUUUGCUUUUAAUGUACAAUGUUGCUCUUUCAAUGUACAAUGUUGCUUACAAUGUAUCUUUACUAAACUUAAAAAAUGGCUUGAUUUUAAACCUCAAGAUAAGGAAACACUAGAGGUUAAGGUUAAAAUCUAAAAACCGAGUUGCAUAGAAUGAAAUUCAAGAAAUAUUAAAUACAAUGAAAUAAAAACAACAGUAAAAGAUACUAGAAUAAAAGCACCAAAAAAGCUAAAUAAAAGAUGAUCCUGUCAUUAAAACUAGAAAUAAAUAAAUACUAAAACACUUAAACUUAGUAAAGAUACAUUGUGCAUUAAAAGUAAACUGAAAACAUACCUUAGUCUUGCUUUUAACUUAAUUUUAUAUCAUUAACUUUGUUUAAGUAAUCGUCUCUGUUGCUCUAUAAAAAACAAACCUCAGUGUUACUUGUUACUCUUGUCUGGUACUUGAAAGGACGUCUGCUACUUUUUUUGUCAGGAGGGUGAUGAAUGAGUCCUUGGGUGGUCUUGAAAAGUACAGCAUGUUGUGUGCAGAGUGCAUCUGAUGUAAUUUCAUCUAUUUUUGAUGUCACUGUCAGAGAAUAGUGGUAUUAAAUUUGUGACUUUAUCUGCUCACACAAGAAUGCAGAGUACUUUAGGGAACCAUCAUAAAGUAGGACAAAAGAGUGCAUCAAAGACUGCAAAUGGUUAUUAUGAGUCAUUGAUUUUCAUGGUUUAUUUCUCCUGUGCUUUCAUGAUUCUUAUUUACCUUGCUUUGUCUGUAAACUUCUGUUUUUAAAGGUUCUACACAAACACAAUUAUUAUUUUUAGAUUAUUUAGAUUUACAAAAGUCUUUCUAGCAGACAGAAAAACAGCAUUUGAUCAUGUUUUUCUUCAUAUCUCAACUAAAACAGUUUGCCUAAAUAAGAAGGGGGAACAAGACAUACAUUGAAGGAAGAAUUGUCAUAUUGAAGCCAAGAUGGAAAAUCUUGUCAACUUUUCCGAUGAAGUCUGAACCAAACCCUGAUCACAGCUUAUGAGGCUGUUGUUGUGUGAAAAAACAAUUUAAAUGUAUAAUUACAACUUCCAAUCUCUAUAUUAUUUGCUACAGCGAUGAAAAGGACUGGCCCAGGUGCGUCACGUGUUACAUGAUGCAAAGUUGUCCUCAACCUCUGCCCAUGUCGUCAUGCAAAUAGAGUCCACAGGCCAAGAUGUUGGCAGCACUGUAACUACUGCAGCGUAAUGAAACUACAAUUUUCUCCUUAUAUAGUUAGAUGGUUAGAGCUGACACACAAGACAGUAUAAUCAGAGCACUGUGACAUUAAUAUGUUUUGCUAUGGAAUAAAAUAAUAGGAAUAUUUUAUAAUAAGGAAUUUUAGGUAAUGUUAAUGUGAGGCAGCAGUGGUGAAGUGUGUCACAGGUUUUUGUUCUUAUUCCUUUGAAAUUUAGUUAUUAGAGAUUAAGUUCCAAGCCAGUUUAUUUCAUAACAAGGCUAUUCAUGAAAGCAACAGGUUGGAUUAAGUGAGUGAAAUAUCAGAAAAUCUCUCACCAGUGAAGGGAAACUGUCUAUCUCUCUAGAAAUGGUUAGACCAAACAAAUUGAGAACAAAAUCAACCUUAAAUUUCCCUUGCUUGAUGAUGUUUCUUUUUUCGAAAUUGAGUUUUCUCCUCUUUUCACAAUGAAAGAACAACUCCUUCAAAUAAUCUCCCGACACCCCCAGAUUCAGAAAAUCCAAGUGAGCAACAUGUUCCGAACACAACGUGAGUCCUUUUCAACAACUGAUAGCUCAGACCGAUCUCUAAUUAAAAUAUCCCCAAGGCUAAACGAAAUGUUAUAUUUAACCUAUAAUGGUGUUGUGCUUCCUAUCUAACCUUGUUACACAUCUGUUAGCCAUUGAACCCAGCUCAAUGUGUGGUCUAACUGCUUCAUUUUCGCAGACCUGGUUAAAAAGUAUCAUAACUGACGUCUGCAUACGUCACAGUGUGCGUCUGCAAAUGUGUGCAUCUAGAUCAAGAGAAAACCUGUUUUCUCUAACAAGUGUUAUUUGCUGAAUGCUGAAAUGGUCUUUUUUCGGGUUUAUCUCAGCAAGAUGUCCCUCAGAUAUCAGAUUUAAGCUUACUUCUUUCUGUGUGUUGAGGCCCUUCCCAUAGAGGCACAGAUGCUGAAUAAUCAUUGCAGUCAGCAGGUCAGUGAUAAGCAGACUGACGAGUGUUAAAAUGCAGCUCUCCACUAUCAGAUAGAGCAAACUUAUUUGUUAAUUAAUGAUGGAAGUAUUUUACUACUGUCAGUCAGCACUCCACUGAAUCACGCUUGAGUCCUAUCACAGAGCCAGCCUUUUUCACCAGUUUCAUGACAACUCCACUCCAAGAACCCAUCAGCACUUAUUGUCUAUCAGCCAAUUAGGGUUGGAAUCACCAGUGGCCCCACGAUACGAUGUUAUCACAAUACUUGGGCCAUGAUACGAUAUCAUUGUGAUUUUUAACAAUUUGCGAUACAGGGCUUGACACUAACUUUUUUUCACAAGGAGCACAUAUGCUCCUAAGUUGAAAAAGUAAGGAGCACACAAAUAACUUUAGGGGCACAAUGACAAUUGUUAACAUAAGUAAUAUUAUUUGAAAUCAAUUUUAGGUCUUUUAGUCACAUGACAUGAAAGCUAUUGAAGAAAAGGUUCAAAAUUUUCCUUUAAAUUCAACACAAAAAAAUUUUUAGAGGACAAAUUAGGGAAAUGAAGAGGUGUGUCUUAAUGUCCGACCUUAGUACUAUUAUUUGAAAUCAAUUUUAGGUCAAUUGGUCACAUGACAUAGAAGCUUUUGAAGAAAGAAAGCCUUUUUGAGAACAUCAGCCGGUAAUUUAUUGAUGGUCCCUUAUUCAACACCUGAAGUUGACAGCGACGGUGCAGAGUAGAUUUAACCGCGCUGCUGUUGCUAUUCCUGUUUAUACUACGGUAUAUCCACAGUAAACGUCGGUCAAAUAUUCAACUUAAAACUAAGUUCACCGCGGUAUUUACAUGAAAUAACAGUCUCAAAUGCGAGUGAAAUGGUCGCACUGUCGAGCCCUGCGAUAAAAUAUACUGCGAAUUAUCUAUUUUUUUUUCAACUGUUUAGCUACUUUAGCAUUUGUCUUUCCUUUAUGUUUGUCUUAUUUAUGCUGUAUUUUAUUUUCAUGUUGCACAUCUUGCAAACCCUAUAUAUUGUUGCACUAACUUCUGCUCUAUGAUGUAAAUUCUGCCAACCUCACUGAGUUUGUUUUAUUUUUCCAUUAUUAUAGAUUUAAAUUCAUAUUAGCAAUUAAUUUGAAAACUCGAUAUAUCACCAGACAAAAUAUCGCGAUUGCAAAUCUUUAUCAAUUUUUUCUCCCACCCCUACAGCCAAUGCUUCCCUUUAUGUGCCUCUGCAAACAUACGCAGCAGCACCUUUCAUCAGUUUUAAGAGGGCCUUAAUUCAGCAGUAUGCAAAGACUUCACGCUGAUGUACUUCAGCAUUGAGGACUUACAAAGGACCAAUUUUCUUUUUUUUUAACUUUCAAUGUAUGAGUUAGCCAAAAUAACAACAUCGCAAUGUGAUUUUGGAAAAAGUAGAACAGCAGCAAACACCGCCAUGAGGAGAGGAACAGAGCUUUUAAAAUCCUUGUCUGUUGAAUGGAGGUCAGAUUCAUUAACUCCAGGUGGUCAGGAAAUCUACACAUUAGCUAGCUUUUCCGACACAGCGUUAACAAACUCAAAGCUGCUAAACUUCUCAGUGAGUGAUACAGAUUGUGCCUCAUUAGAGCUGUGGUGAAUUACAGAGAGGACCAUGGCAGGGUCUGCACUAAGAGAAGAGAAUUACAAGGCAGCAUGUUAUUUAUAGACAACUAGGAUCGAUGCCUUUAUGUGACCUUAACAUGUUGCCCAGAAAAAGGAUUAUGUGAGUGAUAGGGCGUUUUGUCCCGCGCUCUAAAUCUGGAGAGCACCCAGAGUGACAGACUGGACUAAUGUUUGAAUCCCUUAGCUUUACUGUAAAUGCAGUAGAGUUCAGUUUGGUUGUUUUUGUGCUUAGAUUUCUCGACACAGGUACAAAAGAACUCCACACAAAGAUAGUCACAGAACUUAUAGCGUGCCUGGCUCCACUAAGGUAUAAUUAGCCAAAUAAUAUAUCAUUACAGGAGGAACAGCUCAUAUUACAAUGUCAUGUUAACCAUGACUGGCUUCGGUUUCAUGUAAAAGUGGGGCUCUGUAAGGUUCUUGGAGGAAAGAUUUACUUCAUAAACGCUCUGCCUUUGUUCUUCAGCAUGACAUUAACCAUAACUACAAAAAGAGAGACAUUGGUUAUUUAGAUAUUUCUUGACUGUCAUGAAAUCUCUAAAAUGUGUUUUAAAACCAGAUUUCCUCCUUGUCCCCCAAACCUAAGAUGUUCUCAAUAAUGAUCAAACAGGACACAUAUAACAUUUGCAGUAGAGUUUACUGCAUGUGACAACAAAAAAAAAACAGAGAGAGAGAGAGAGCCAAAGGGCCAGUCUGCAACCUAUGGUGGCAGUCAAUGAAAACUCUGUCUGGAUAACCCUUUUGAAAGUGUUAAAGGGCUCAGAUGGGUCAGAUCUACUGCUCCAAAAGGCCACAGUGUCGCUACAAGAGAGCAUUUUCAGUAAACACCUGCAGGGCUCCCCAGAGGUCAGGGGUUAAACACUGCUGGAUGCUCUGAUAUCACACCAGACAAAGGAGAAGUGAGAGUCUUUUGAAGUGAAAGUGGAGCAUUGAUUCAUGUCCCACAAAGAUGAGAGUAUCUGCAUGAGAUGCACAUUUCUAAAGGGAUGAAACUUUGUGUGGAUGGAACUUGGAUAUGUUUUUCCAAAUUUGAUAACUUUACGAACUUAUACGCUCAGUAAAAUCAGCAUGCCUACUUUAUGCUUGAUCAUGGAUUCAUUGUCCUUGGACAACCAUUUGUGUAAAUGUAAGUCAGUAUGGCAGUACUCUUCAAUGAGUUUUUUUUUGUACUCAGUGUUCUGUCUUUCCACCAGAACCCUGAUAAUUUAUUUCUUUAUCUACCAUCUGUUAAUUUUUAAAAUAUAUCUAAUAAGUCCAAGUGCCGUUGAAGAAAAAAGCCAUUUUUUCACUGAUUGUAUUUUCUUUGUCUUUCAGGAGAUCAGGACAGCCCCUCAGUGAUUCAGUCUAACAACGCCCUUGAGACAAUGGGGUGAUUUGGUUCUUUCAACAUCUAUUUACACAACCUGGAACAAGCCCAGGGUAGUACUCCUCCUGAUGUCCGAAGAUUCAGACUCCAAGCCCUAUCCCUUCUCCGUGUUGGAAGAUGAGGAUGGAGCCUCAGGGUGCAGAGCGUCCACCUCGUGCAGCCCAAUGCCAAGAGGGGCCCCAGCGUGCAGCUCCAUGGCUCAGCUGCACCGGAUAGGCGGUUACAGCCAAGGUGGGCCCGACCUAGGCCUCCCGUCUGAGGGGAGCGACAGCAGCGGUCAGGACCCGUCCGCCUCGCCCCACAACCAUCGCAAGAGCACCUGCUCUAGAAUGCUCCCUGAGGAGGACGUUGAAAUGAAGAGCAGCGGCUCCAGUGGGAGCGGAACGGAAUCGCAUGGCAAUGAAAGCCAUGGCAAUGAGAGUCAUGGCAACGAGAGCCACGGCCAUGAAUCAGUGGGCAGCUCCAACGGCACCAGCAAAGACUCUGCACUACUGGAGUCUUCUGAAAGCAAGAGGUGAGUGAUGGAUGUGGUAAUCAUAAAGCCAUUAGUUAGCCAGUUUUUUUUUUGGUGGCAUAGCUCUGUGAGCGGAAGAGGAGUGAGGAAUUACUGCUCCCGUUAACACUCUUAACUCUCUCAAAAACUACUUGUGGAUACAUUUUAACAUACUUCUGAAAUCCAAACUUUGUUAUUUAGGUGUAGGAAAGAGUUUUGUACACAAAGUUUGUUACUUGAUCCCUGUUCUUGUGGUCUAACAGUCCCAUGCCUGAUUUUGUGAUCUAGUCAUAUACCAGCAAUAAAGCUCCCUAUACCAUACAAGUAAUGCACAGUUGUAAAGCAGUAAAUAUGCAGAGAUGCAUGGGAUGAUUUAUGCCUAAGCAGAUAUAUUUAAUGAGAAUGGCAUCUACCUUGGUGCUUAGAUGUGGUGCCUGAUAAAGGCUAAAAUUGAAAUGAUCUUUUAGUCCCUGAAUAAAUGAACUCUAGUGAAAAAUAUCAAUAUUAGGGCCACUUAAAAAUACUAUGCAAAAUCUGACCUUGUGCGCACAUCAUGGCGUCCUUUUGGGCAAAAUUAUGUUGGACUUUCCUUCCUUUGGCCCUCACUGUUAUACAAACAGACUAGAAUGCUUUUAAAACCAAAAUUAAAAAUCACAUCUUUCUUGCAUCCACCACCACAGAGGGACUGUGAUUAUCAUAGCCAUUAGCUCUGCAUGUUGACAGAUAUCAGUAUAUGUCAGUAUAUAUUAGUGAGCCUGCUUCAUUUGCUUCCUCUGACUAGGAGAGUUGUUCUUGCUCAGCUAAAUCUGUCCUCUGAUACUGAUUUGAAAAACUGCUUUUAAAUCAUAUUCCUUCAAGUGCUCUUUCCUGCCAGCUGAGCACUUCCAACAAGACAUGAAGAGCCGACAGACAUGUUGUGUGUCAUUACGUUUAUUUUUGGGUCUCAGGCUUGACGGGAUUAACGGGGACAUCAGUCCGUUAUAUCGUCAUAAUGUUAUCGCCCUUUGAAGGAGACCUGAUGCCAGCUCAAAUAACAUUAUACAUCAUGUGCCCUUUUCAAAACAAAUAGUAAGAUAAUGCCGCUCUUAAUGGUGCAGCAUUACCUGUUACAUCAGUAUUAUAUAUGAAGAAGAUUAAAGAUACAGUAGUCCUGAUUUUGGAAUAUGGGGUCAGUAGAACAGCUGAAGAAAUAAUCCUUUUUUUUUUUUUUCGAUUUCUGCACCAAAUAUUGACAAUAAAUGAUACAUUUGGAUGUCGGAUAGAUGAGAUAUUGUCAAAAGACACAACCUGAAAGUUCCUUACAGGAGCUUUAAGUAUGAAACUAAAGCUUUCUGCAAAUAUGUACACACUUUAUUUUUCUAAUUUCCUAAUAACCCCUUUUUUAAAUUUAUAUGUAAGGUAAGGCUUUUUUAAGAACAACAUGAAAAUGUUAUUCAACCAUCCACAUGCACACAGAUCCCCGAGAUCAGCAAAAAUGACUGAAAACACAGUGAGAAAAAAAAUAUUGGACAAGGAAUGUAAAAUACAUGUAUGAAUGGGGCUGUUAAUUUACAGUUUACAAUGGAUCUAGAUUUACACAACAGUUUACACAACACAGAGAUGGUGUUUUCAGAAGAAUAUUUCACCAAAAUGCAACUGUAGUUUACGGCUAAGUUAUUCAUUUUAGGGAUGUCCAGUAAACUUUGGUCUGAAUUUAAAGAUUGAGUACCUGUCCACACCAUUACCUGGAUAAUGGAGCGGCACACCAUUUUUUUUCCCACAAUGAGGCACAAUGCUAGACUAAGAAUCUAAACAUUAACUUGGAUUUCUUCCGUUAUUUUUCCUUUUUUCCUGGCUUGCAUUUUCACAAACUGGAUUAUCAUUUGUUUUUGGUUAAAGUACAUUUUAAGCUUUUAAGGUGUGUGCCCCAGAUGUUGAAGGCUAGCCUUAUGUAUCCCAGCUUGAACUCACAUAAUUAACUUAAUUGAGCUUGGAUUAAUCCUUGUUCAGCGUAUUGAAAGUGUAGGGAGACUUGUUAGUGACAGCCUCAACUCUACUGCGCUCAACAUGUGUCAGCGAGCUCCUCCUCUCAGUCUGUUGUGUUGCGGCACAAGUGCUCCAUUACAGAGGUCGCAUUGAAUCAUUAUGAUUGAACAUUUCCGAAAUUCUCAAACUGCCAGGACGUGACCACAGCUCCGCCAUAAAUAGUUAGUGACGUGACUGUCUGUCCACAAGUCGACCGGGAGUGGGUCUUUAGUUCCCAGUUAGAGGAUUGGAUUGAUGUCAUACAGGAUUCUGCAGGCUGGCUUUCCUUUUAAUGCCAGAUUGGUUGUGUCAUGCUGUGUAGCUAGUUGUUACUGCCAUGGCAACAAAUGUGUCUGUGUUUAUCACUCAGACAGGGAGUUGUAUGGGUUCACGUUCUCCCCUCCCACUUGCUGUUCUACCUCUUUUACCUUAUUUGACCAGCCCAGACCGACCCUUUUUGUGUUUCAACCACACCCUUUUCCUGUCUGAGUUGGUCCUACACACCCCAACGACAGCUCCCUCCCUCGUCUGCUGAUGACGGGACUUCACUAACUUUUGUGUAAUCUCUAUUUUCUGCUCUUUUCUUUAUCAAUCUCAUUCCUUUUUAAAGUUCAACUGAAUUUACUAACUUUUAUGCCCACAAACAAAAACUCCUCCUCCGAGUUUCAUCUACACAUACGAUUAUUAGCAGCCCAGCAUGUGAGGAAUUUGAUUUUUGUUGACUUUGAUGCCAUCUGCUGCCAAAAGCUAGAUCAUUCGCCAUAAGCCCCAUUUACUCCUUUGACAAAGAUCCAGCUCCACCCAUCUGUGGCUCUCAGCUGUGUGUCUGUGUGUGAAAAAGAGAGAGGGGAAAAGAUGAGUGUUUAAAGAUAUAGUCUCAGAGUAUGAAUAAUCAGGGUUCCUUGCUAUCAUUUCCUUUGCCUGUGCUGUUUUACAUUAAGCUUGAAAAGUCUUUGUUAUAUUCAAGUAGAUUAAUGUACUAAAGAAUGAACAAAGUAAAUGUUUAACUGUUUUUACAAAGACUUUUCGACAAUCAUCGGUAUAUCUUUAGCAACAAAAAUACAUCCAAUGUGAUUAAAAAAUUUACAGCAAAAUUACAAAUUUCAUUCGAGCGAUCAUAUAAACAGGCGCGCAGAAGGAAAGAAAGUAAUAUUCAAAAACAAUGAAAAACUUUCAGCAAAGGAAGCCUUAAACACUUGAUAAUUUAGUAUCAAACCCAAUCUCUUCUCCCUGUGCCUGUGUCAAGAAUUACCCACUUUGCAUAUUGAACAUAUGAACCCAUACAAGAAAUAGGAACAUAAUCACAAAAACAUGAAUACAUUGUAGAUGUACUAUAAUGUUUUGUAGUCAUUAUUGUUGUUGUCAAGAACAGCUGUUUCCUCAGUAGUUGCAGCUUUACAGGAAGUAAAGCCAAAAAAAGCCCACUGUUGUUGACUAGACAUUUGUAUUUGCCAGAAGGUGAUGAGACCAAAAAUGAGCUUUUUGGCCGGAUACUAAACACUGUAUUUGCUGUAAGCCAAGCUCUGCAUGAUGCUGGAAGCACAACUUCCUCUCCAUAGAAUAUGUUGAGAGUAUCGGAGGAAACUGCUCGCCACUCUACAGUGUAGGAUGCAAAUUAAUGCAGUACUAAGUGCUGCAGUUUCCAAGAGAAGUGAGGCCUAGGUGAUUGUUAUUUUCAAGCCGGCAAUGAUGUGAAAGGAAAAGGGAGUAGAUGAGGAUAAUGAAAAUAAAGACUUUUAAUGUGGCUCAACCAGAGACCAGGAACAAGUCAUGAGAGGAUAUGUAAUGAAGAUUAACAUAAGAGCCUAUAAACUGUAAAAGACUGAGUGUUUGUGUAACAUUAAUGCUGCAGCUCCACCAUCUACAUCACCUCUGUCUAUAUUCUGACUCCAGUUUCACAGUGCAGUAUCAUCAGAGCAACAGUGCAGUUCUUAACUCCAAUGAUAUUUUCAUGAGCUUUUCUAAUCUGAGUCAGGUUUUUGUAGUAGACCAGCAUCAUGUCUGUUGAAGACAAAGACUACUUUAUUUCUUCUGUUUGCUCUGUACAGCUGGUUACUUAUUUAUUCCCCAUUUACUCUAAUGGUCUACAUACACUACAACCACUUAUACAUAUAUAAGUAUUAGUUUUUAUACACUGGUUAUUGCAUAUUUAACCCUGUUCUACUGCACUAUAAUCACUUUACUCCAUUUAACUGACUUUACCCUCUCAGAAAUGGCCUACUUUUUUAGAGCUCUGUUAGUAAACUGUUUGCUUUGUUUGUUUGAUGAUUAUCCACCUGUAUUGACUGUGCUUCCAUGACUGAAUUAUCAACAAAGGCUCUGUGAAAGCGGAAAAUAUGUUGUCAGCUCAGCCAGUAAAUAUCCUUGAAAAGGAAAUCAUUAAUCAGCCAAAAGAACCCAAUCCUGUGCGCAGAUUCACUCUAAAUUUCAUCUCAUUUCAUGUCGUAUCAUUAAUAGUCAUUAUUACACAGGAUGGAAAAACACACCAGAUUGUGAGGCUUCUGCUGCUUGUAGCUCCUCUUUCCUCUCCUCAUUCAUAUGCAGAUGAUUACCUGCAUUAUUCCUGUCUCUUUAAUGUAAUGAGAUAUCCACAUAUACCCAGUGAGGUAAGAGGUCAAGUGUUCACGCAGCCUAUCUCUGAUCAAGCAAGGCCACCUUACCCUGAUCUUACCCUUUAGCAGUCCUGUAGAGGUGAAACCUAAACAGGGACUCUGUCUCUAUUAGGAACAUGUUUCCACGACUCACCUACUAAACACAAUCACAUGAAUUAACCUACUGAUCACUAGAACAAGAUAAGACUGUGCGGUCUAAAACCAGCUGUCCAACUGGCAAACACCAAUGGCGGGAUACCUGCUUGUGCUAUUUGUAAAAGGGUUUCUAUUCCUGGACAGGUAAGUAGGCUAGAAACGGUUGCCUGAGAUGCAGUCGAGGUGACUCAGUAUCCCACAGCUGUUGAUAGUCUUAACUAAAGCUCGUUGGAUUAAAGUAGACUCGCUACCUUUUAUUUAUUUAUGUAACUCAGUUGUAUUUCAACCACAGUCUGCAUGGCACCCUGGUUCCUGGAACUCUACAAAAACUGAGCUGAUUUUUACAGCUGAAGUUAAACUGAAAUUAGAUGAUCAAUGGUUGAGAAGAUAGAGAUAAUACAAGAAUUUUUCAAAAACAAUGCCAUCAAAACAGAAGGUCUUGAUCUUCAAUAGUUUUUGUUUGUUUUUCCCCCACUCCUUGCAACAUGUUACAAAUGAUUGAUUUGUCUAGGAUCCAGUCAGCUCAACAACAGAGGACUUUACUGACACAGUUUGAUGAAAUAAUCUGUAACUCUUUUCUUAACGCAUCAUAAAUACAUGUAUAAUGUGUUAUAAUCACGUUAUAGCACUGUAUAACUAUAGUUAUAAACAAUCAUAAUGCUUUAUAGCAAUAAUCAUAACACAUUAUAAAGCAUUUUAUCAUGACUUACAAGGUCAGGUAUUAUAAUGUGUUAUAACUGUUAACAACAGUUGCAUUGCAUUAUCUAUGUGAGCAUUGUCAGUGAGUUGUUAACAGUUAUAACACAUUAUAAUACCUGACCUUGUAAGUCAUGAUAAAAUGCUUUAUAAUGUGUUUUAAUUAUUGCUAUAAAGCAUUAUGAUCAUUUAUGAAUGUUUAUAACUAUAGCUAUACAGUGCUAUAACAUGAUUAUAACAUAUUAUAAAUAUGUUUAUAAUGUGUUAUAGAGAUAGGCAUCAAGUACUGCUGACCUAUUACCACUUUACAAUAACAAAAUAAAUCAAUACAUGCUCCAAAGUUAGUGGAUUUGUUCAGCAGUACCGGCAAUGAAACAUCCCCGAAAAAUCCAAACUUUUACUAAAAAAGUUUUCUGCUUACAAGGUAUUAUUUCUUCUCUCACUUUAACCUUCACUGAGUGCCAGAGGAUGACACUCAGACACUCUACUUCUACACCAUUGGUUAACCUACUGCAAUUAACUGUUUCUAAAUCCAGCUCUAAGUCCUGCUAAAUCUGUGUGGUCUAUAACUAGCUGUUGUAUGAUGAAGACUCUAUUUAAGGACUUUUAAACCUUAUUGUGCUUGGAGAAGCUAUUUGUAAAGGUUCAGUCUAUAUUAAGCCUAGUAAGAAGGUUAUUGUAACCUGUGCAGUGGUAAGUCAUUGUAUGGGAGUACUCUCACGUAUUAGCAUUGUGUUAAGCUUGUAGGUUAAUGCAGCAGAUCUCACACACACACACACGCACACAUACACAGUAUACAUUGUUCAGUAUACACGCAGUCCUGGCAUCUCGAAACUUCUCAGCUUUGAUCUAAUGUCCAUUAAGCUCUAAAUAAUCAGAUACCUGGAUGUUAGCCGUCGUAUCUCGACUGGUGACUCUGUUCUUGCUUAUCAAUCCACUAGUUGGACUGUCAUUAGGGGUGGGAAAUAAAAUCGAUUCACUUAAGUAUCGCGAUUUUUUGUUUUUCAAUUUUUAAAUAGAUUUUUAUGUUCAAAAAUCUUUUUUUUCCCCAAAUUUAAGAAGAAAUCUAAAAAACUGACUUGCAUGUGAUGUGUAUUUUUUGAGGAAAUAUAGUCCCUGAAAUAGUCAGUAGAUAAUCAUAAUCAUUCAACAGUUUCACUGGUGUUAAAAAUGCAGACUAAAAAUCAAGAAAACCGACAUUAUUGUAGAAUUGAAAAUAGAAUCAGCGUCCAAAAAAUCGUAGUAGAAUUGAAUUGGGGAUAAAAGCAUAUCAUCCCAGCCCUUGUAAUCAUGGCAACAAACAGACAAGGUAGUCUUGAAGGGUUCUGCCGUUAAGCAUUGGCUACCACAUCAUCAUCAUCAUCAUCCUCCUUAUCAUUUUACCUUCUUCCUCAUGCCAUUGAGUGGAUCAGGUCAUACAUUUCCUCCAAUUUUCUUCAACAUUUAAUGACUUAAAGGGCUCAGGGUUGGACAGGCGACUGUUGUAGAGCUCCAAGAGAGCCCCCAAAAUUACGAGCCGUGUCCCGUUUCUCAUUGUACUCGGGCCUCCGAAGUCUUAGCCUAGGCAUGUUAGCACCUUCCUGCUGUGCAUCUUUUGAGCUGGGUUUGCACUUCAGGUCCUCAGGGAGGUAAGAGUGACCUCAGAGCUGAAGUGGGGUUUCUUUGUAGCCCGGCAGCUGAAUGAGAGGUGAAGCUGUGUGAGCAUUGUUCCCCAGUCAAUUCCACUAAGGCUAAAAUCCGCUUAUCUUUUUUUAGGUUCACUUUAGCAACACCUCAUGUUGGGAGGUGACACAGACUCGUUUUUUUUAUUUAUUUAUUUUUUUAAGUAACUUGAGCACUGUGUUAUUGUCAGGUGUCUCUGCCAGGUGAGAAGGUGCUGCUUGUGCUUCAGAGGAACACAAAAUCGUGACAUUCAGUCAUAUUUUUUUUCUUUACUGUGAAUGUGAAUCUUUUUCACUUUGAUUUACACUGUAAGGACUAAAUUAAAAAUUGAUUCUUUCAUGUAAUCAACAUGUUUGACUCUUUCUCUUACAGCUCAAACUCCCACAGUCCAUCUCCACCCAGCAGCUCAAACGCCUUCAGUCUGUUGAGCUCAGAGCAGGACAACCCCUCGACCAGCGGCUGCAGGUUAGUGACCAUUCGAGUUGCCAUGAUUCUGAAAACCCUGAAUUCUUCCUUUAGCACCAAAAUACUAAACCAAAAAGUAUAUUCUUCUCUUUUAUUUGAUGUGAUUUGAAGGAACUGCUUUUCUUGUUGCCAUUUCUGACUUGCCCCUCUGCACAUGUGUUUGUGUGUGUGUGUGCAACUUGCAGUAGUCAGGAGUCGGCCAAAGCCAAGACCCAGAAGGAGGUGUUAAAAAUUCUGAAAGAGCUGAAGCUUCAUCUCCCCUCUGAGAAGAGACACAAUAACAAGUCCAGCACUUUGAACACCCUUAAGUACGCGCUGCGCUGUGUCAAACAAGUGGAAGGUAGGAUUAAACUCUUCACAUUUUCAACGACUCACAUUUUAAAAGUGUUUUUAUUUAGCUGUCUACUUUUGUGAACAACUCCAGUCUUUUUGCGUACUUUUUUGUGAGCACAGCUUUAAUUCCUAUGUAAGAGAGAACAUUUUUUGGCAUUUUUACGAGAAAAUAAAUGCUUUGACAGUCUAAAUAUCUUCAGAUUAAACACUUAUUAUAUCUUCAUAUUCAGAGAAGAGCUUUGUUAUUUGGCAGAAGAAGUCAUCGAUUUAGACAAACUGAUUUGUGAGAGACUGUGACAGCUGUGUGAGAUUACCACACCAUCUUUGAGAAAGAUGCUGUCUGGCGAACUUGCUCUAGUGACAUUUUAAGAGGAGGGACUACUAUUAGCUGUUUACUUGUGUCAAAUUUCACAGUAUAUUUUAAAAAUACAACAUAGAAAAUUACUCAGAUGGCAAAACUAAUCCUUACUUUAAACAUCAUCAUAUGUAUCAGCGCUGAUUUUCACAGUGUGUUGAUAUCUACCUCAUGUACAUUUGUAUUUUCCCUCCAGAAGACCUUUAUCUGCAGACCAUUCAUUCAGUCAUGUAAACAAUUUGUCAACCAGACAUCAAGAGAAUAAAUAUAAUCUGUUUUCUGCAGCAAAUGAAGAGUAUUACCAGCUGCUGAUGAUCAAUGACAGCCAGCCCUCAGGCUUGGAUGUUUCCUCUUAUACGAUUGAGGAAAUCGACAGCAUAACAUCUGAAUACAACCUCAAAAACAAUGUGAGUCACUGACUCGUUGAAGUCAUAUGGAGGGAUUGUUGUGUUUGCCUUCACUGAAUGCUUUUAUUGAUGUUGAAUCUCCAAAACUAAGCGAUUUAACCUGUUUUGUUCAACAGGACAGUUUUGCAGUCGCAGUGUCCCUCAACACAGGAAGGAUCGUCUACAUCUCUGAUCAGGCCGCCUCCAUCCUAAACUGCAAGAGGGAUGUGUUCAAGAACACUAAAUUUGUUGAGUUUCUCACGCCGCAGGAUGUCAGUGUGUUCUACAGCUUUACAACACCGUACCGCCUGCCCUCUUGGAGCAUGUGCACUGGAGCAGGUACAUGUGCAGCAGCUACACAACUCCCUAAACACAUGAUAUCACUUAUUCUCAAGAGGAAAUCCUCGAUCACAGAAGUAGAGUUAAAGGAUUAUUGUAUAAAGUUUAAAGAAAGAUGGCUUCUGACACAUUAUUACUCUUCAAUUCCACCAUUUACACUGAUCUUAAUUUCACACAAAGUAGGGAAAAUCAUCACAUGAUAUUUCAAGAGUGAUUUGGACUAUCCAUAUAUGGUUGAAAGCAAAAAACAACUAUAUUAGAGGGAUUGCUGCUCAAAAGUGACAUUGCAUGUGUUUAAUAUGCAUCUCAAAGACAAACUUUGCUUUUAAAAUUUAAUGACAAAUCAAAGUUUGUCUAGUUUACACAGACUGUGAAAUGUACAGACAACUUGUUGAUGUAAAGUCUUUUAAGGGACCAGCUGGACUUCAAUGAGCAUGACAUAUUCAGUGCAGCACAUGGUGCCUCUAGUUCAUGUUCACCUGAGCCUAACCUUCAUAGAAAAAAAAAAUCAUUCUGUGUGGAACAGACUGAACUUUCAGAUGUUAAAGUGAAAAAAAACAAAACUAUAAAACAGGAAAACUGUCUUAGCUGUUGAAGUUUAUUGAAAAACAAAAAACUGGGACAACUCAAGAUACUUUUGGAGCUUGUGAUUUUCUUACCACUUUGAAGCAAAAAGGCUCAGGUUGACUUGUCUGUUGCCGUAAAUGUUCAUAUUCAUUAGAUGCAGAGCUGUUGUGGUUUAUCCCAGAUUUGCCUGGAAAUAUUUUGGUUUGCGCAUGAGAUUCAGACUUCACCCUUUGUUCAACCACGCCUUUACAGUCAAUGGAAAAUGCAAGCCUGUCGUCCUGAGUCAUGUUUUUUGUGGAAAUAAUCAAAGCCAGAUCACCUGCAUGUAGCGAAUAUCCUGAGGAGAUUUUGGUGGGAUUGUGUUGCAUUUGAAUUAAACAUUCCCCUUUUCUCGUUUCAGAGACGUCCCCGUCGGACUGCAUGCAGGAGAAGUCCUUCUUUUGCCGUAUCAGGUGGGUAAUUUUGGGUCAAACAUGGUGUUGAGCCAUCUGCUGCCCGUACCUCUUUGUAGUUUUUAUUCAUGCCGUCGAUCCACUCUAGAUGUUUUUCAAUUAGUUUGUGACAUCAUAUGCUUGUGAAGUGUAAUCAGAUGCUUUUUCCAGUGCAAUGUCAUACAUAUUAAAAUACACCCACACGCACCGUUUACUGUACUUGUAAGGACCUUCCUUUGACGUUAUCCUUCUAGUUUAAAUCUAAAACACUACUAUUAAUCAAAACCUCAUUCUUGCAUGUUUCUGAGUCAUCACUAUUCACUUUUGAUGUUUAUAAUCCACAAAUAAUUGAAAAAUUCACACCCACAUUAACCCAAAAGCAUUUUUUUGACAUUUGGAAAGACAAAAAAGAAACAUAGAGUAGCUGGAAAAAUAGCUCAAUACUGCCCCCUUGUGAUCAUUUAAUAAAAGUCCAAAAAUGUGAACAAAUAUCUUUCAUGGUGAAAAAACAUGUGAUAACACUGUAUUUAAAUUCAUUUCUAGUGGUGGUAAAGAGUGCGAGAGCGAGCUCCAGUACCUCCCCUUCCGCAUGACCCCCUAUCUAAUGAAGGUUCAGGAUACAGUCCACGCUGAAGACCAGUUCUGCUGCCUGCUGCUGGCUGAGAGAGUUCACUCUGGUUAUGAUGGUAAGAAUAAGUCUUUAUGAUACAAAAAUCAUCCUUAAACUACUUAGACAGAAAGAGAACAGAAAAAAAAUCUAGUAUUUGAUUUGAUUAUAAAGGUUGUUUUAAAAUAAAUGUUAGAUCACAACUUUAUCUUUUUAACCCCAAUUAAAAGUGCCAGAUAUUAAAAGUCUUAAUAUACAAAAUCUAAAAAUGCAUUUUUUAGUAUAAAAAAAAUCACUUAAGAUAGUAAACUGACUUUUUUUUGUUAAUUUCUUUUAAAGCACCAAGAAUUCCCACAGACAAACGCAUCUUCACAACCACACACACUCCCAGCUGCGUGUUUCAGGAUGUGGAUGAGAGGUAAGCUCAGGCCUGAGUAUAUCCCCACUGUUUAACCAGCCGUCUGAAGACACUAGUGUUGGUGCAGUUCCCUGUCAGCAAACUGACUGAUUUUCUUGUGUUUUUGUGUGACUCAGAGCGGUCCCUCUCCUCGGGUACCUCCCCCAGGACCUGAUCGGCACGCCGGUCCUCCUACACCUGCAUCCCAAUGACAGACCGAUCAUGCUGGCCAUUCACAGAAAGAGUGAGUCAGCAGAAUUAUAAACACAUGAAGAUGAAGCUUCUUAUGUCUUCACAGGAAGUUAUAAUCUGACUCCACCGUUUUGUCUUUCUCUACAGUUCUUCAAUAUGCUGGUCAGCCGUUCGAUCACUCGUCUAUCCGGUUCUGUGCACGUAAUGGAGAAUACGUCAUUCUAGACACCAGCUGGUCCAGUUUUGUCAACCCCUGGAGUCGCAAAGUCUCCUUUGUUAUUGGGAGACACAAAGUGCGGAUGUGAGUAUAACCUAGGCAAUGUGAGGUGUUGCUGAAAGCUGCUUGGUGAAUAAAGAUUUGAGCGCUGGAGCAAGGCCAUGACAUGACUAAACUGUAGUUUGAUGUAUCCCAGUUUGCUGACAUGUUGUUUUUUUUGUUUGUUAGGGGUCCUGUGAAUGAGGAUGUUUUUAUGGCCCCAACCUCCCCUCACGGAGAGAUGAAGAGCAUGGACACCGACAUUCAGGAGGUUACUGAGCAGAUCCAUCGGCUGCUGUUACAGGUGAGGGUGGAUGACGAGGCAUACUUAUCAAGGACAUGUUCAUAUAAUAGUAUAUUAUGAUUUUGAUUUAAUGUAAAGAAAAAAACUUGCAAUGAGGAAUUAAAUGACAUAUCUGAUGUAAACAUUUAGAUAAUAUUACACUGUUUUGAGACCCUAAGGAAAUGAAGGUGUGGAUUAUUGAAGGAAGAUAGAGAUCCUGAAACAUGAAACUGUCUUUAUUUUUUUAUCUCUUCAUCUCUAAACAGCCUGUUCAUAACAGCGGGUCCAGUGGUUACGGCAGUCUCACCAGAAACGACCAUCUUCUGAGCAUGACCUCCUCUAAUGAGAGCCUUCAAGAGGGAAGCAGGUGCAAACUGCAACUAGAAGAAGAGGACAUGAGCAGCAAAGCCAGACCUGUGAGUACCUUUGAAAUCCAUCCACUAAAGAGUUAAGACUGCAGAAUUUGGUCUUACUACUGUAAAGAUAUUAAAGAAAAUGAUCCCUCAGCCUUUCAGAUGUAACACCCCAGUGUCCCACUUACUUCAGCGGGUGUCGUACUGACAUUUGUGUUUCUUUUUAAAGCGAACAUUUCAGGAAAUCUGUAAAGGAAUUCACCUCCAGAAGAGCCAGGAGCAGCAGAUGGGCAAACCAGACAAGAAAAGCCACAGCAGUAAGUCCAGUCAAUAACAAUACGAUUAUUUUGUGGAAAUACUUGUCAAAGUUAGGGGUAGUCAAAGCAGCUUGUAGUAAAUUGUUCAGUAAUUGAGCUUAUCUAACUCAUGGCCUCCCCCCCAGUAGAGUCCGUACAGAAGAGCCCAGCAGUGGUUCGGCCCAAAGACUCGGCAGCUUCUUUCAACCCUCGGGAGAACUGCUGUGAGGAGAACAGCAGGUCCUCUCUUCAGGAGGAGAUGGCCUUCAAUGAUCAGACCAUCUACUCCUACCAGCAGAUCAGCUGUCUGGACAGUGUUGUCAGGUAGGUUGAGUGAAGGCUGUUGUCCGGUAUGAGACCUCAUUACUCCUUCAGAGGGCAAGUUGCUAAUAUUUCACAGAUUAAUCUGACUAUUGUGGUGUUCUUCUUUUCAAAGGUACUUGGAGAGCUGUAAUGUUCCCAUCACCAUGAAGAGGAAGUGCCAAUCUUCCUCCAACACCACGUCAUCCAACUCGGACGACUGCAAACAGAAUGAACCAAACAGCAUGCAAGUGUCUGAAGGUACGGCUAAGAUAUACAGUCAUUUUUUCACCUCAUCAUACAAAGCUGCAGCCUUUUAACGCCUUCCAACUUUGAACUCUGCCGGCUCCUUGUCAGAAUAUCUACUUUUCUGUUCUCUUGGCAGAACCAGCCUUGUUGAAGGAUCAAUCUGGUCUCUCCGCUUUGGAUGAUCAAGACAAAAAGUCCAGUGACGCAACCACAGCGGUAGUGGGCACCUCGCUGCCCCUACCUGUACCUAACAAGCCAGAAAGUGUGGUGUCCAUAACCAGCCAGUGUAGCUACAGUAGCACCAUAGUGCAUGUUGGGGACAAGAAACCUCAACCAGAGUCAGGUACAAUGCUGUGAAGAAGUGUUUGCUCUCAACCUGAUUCCUCUAUUGUUGCACAUUUGUCAUGCAAAGAUUUUAGAUCUUUAGAGAAAACUAGACACAGGUUUUUUCGUAAAUGCACUGAUGAGCUUAUAGUUUCAUGGAUUUAGGGAACAACUCUUAAAACAUGAUAAAUAGGUGAGAUAGGCAUUGUUAACUGUUCGACUAUUUUAUGAUAAAUAUUUUUUGGUCCUUUUUUCGUUUUAAAGAUCUAAAGUAUGUCAGUGUGACAAAUAAGCAGAAAUAGAAGAAAUCAGGAUGAAGCAAAUGGUUUUUCAGAGCACUGUACAUGCCCUCUCUUCUGAAUCUAUGUGUGUGUUUAGUGUGUGUAUUCAUGUCUGCGUCAGGUUUUGUAGUCGGGUAUAUCGAUGCGCAAAGAAAAUUUAAAGUCUUCUCACGAUUCAAAACAGCUGCGCUCCGUACAUGUAGAUUCACGUUUGCCGGAUUGGAUUUUUAUUCAAUGUUACAGAAUUAUGUGUGCAGUACGACAGUUAAAUGUAUCUUAUUGUGUUGUAGUGAAUCGACUUCGCAAAUACCACAAAUCGUAUUGUUUAGUUUAGUAUGGUAUUGUUUCAUUUCAUAUCUUAUUGUAUCGAUUCAUUUCGUAACAUUUAGUUUUGCUUCGUAUCAUAUCGUUUUGUUUUGUUUCGUAUCGUAUCGUAUCGUAUCGUAUCGUACGUAUCACAUCCUUGCAAUAACGUUCGACCCAAUUAGUAACACCAAAUAAUGCAAUUAUUGGGGCACGUCUACUAUAUAAAACUGUCUCAAGUACUACAGGCCUGACGCUUAACUUUUGUCGCUUAAUGUGAUGCUCUUGUCAUUGUCACUGCUUUUGUGCGUAAGGUUUAUAUCAGAAGUUCAUUUUUUGUUGCUUCACAAUAUGUUAAUGCUGUUCCACUGUUGUCAUCCACACAGAGAUUAUUGAAGACGUCCCAGUUAUAGGAGAGACAGCGGAGCCGAGCCUCUACAUCGGGGGUCCUGUUUCGGUUGUUUCACCACCCAGUCAGGAGAGAGAGUCCUAUAAAAAGCUUGGGUUGACAAAGCAGGUUUUGGCCGCCCAUACUCAGAAGGAGGAACAGGCCUUUCUGUAUCGUUUCAGGGAGCUUCGCAGGCUUACGGCGCUCAAAGCAAACUGCUCUCAGUACCUGCAGCGCCAGAGAGAACAGACCGCCAGCAACGGUAACUCUGUCCAUAAGAGUGACCGAUUAUAUCAAAGACCUUUUAAAGGAUAUGGAGAGUGUGUAACAACUGAAGUGUUAUUAUUUUUCCUAAGUUAAAAACAAGUAUCUGUCAAGGCAGCCACAUCAAUGCAAAGACAGAUGCAUGUACAUUUUCACUUGUUUUGACUGCAAUUCCCCUCAUUAACCUUUGUUUCUGGGAUGUUACUGCUGGCACAGAUUUCUGCAAUUACUUAGAGGAAAAUUAUAUCAAAAACAAAAUCAAUUAGAUUCAUGUUUUGAUUAAAUGGCAUAUCUGGGAAAAAGUUAAAAAUAAUAAUCACCAUUCCUAAACGACUGUUUUUUUUCCUUCCAACCUGCAGCUGUACCUCCUACUCCAUCCUGUAAGCAGGGAGGAAGAACUGCAGGGCCCACUCCACGGCGGGGUACACGGAAUAAGAGGACCAAGUCGAAGCGAACCAAGCAGGUGGAGUCUUCGGACAGUACGGUAUCCCAUCACAGACAACAGCACCUGAGGCCUCCUUUCCUAAACCAUGGCCUCAACCCCACCUCUUGGUCCCGCUCUGACACCUCACAGUCGACAUUUCCCAUGCCCUACACCUCCGUCAUGCCAGGCUACCCGCUCCAGGUUUAUCCAAGAGCAAGCUCAGGAGCCCCUUGCGCAGAUGCCUCUCAACAAGGACUUGGAGUCAACCAGGGCACCCAGGCCCCUUCCUGCCCCUCGGCCAUCCAUUCUGCACCCUACAGCACCCCCAUGGUCACCCCCAUCAUGGCUCUAGUGCUACCCAACUAUGUGUAUCCUCCAAUGGCUACUGGACUGCCACCACCUCAGCCAGUGUACCACCCAGAGCCUAGCAGCUUCUUCAUACAAACACAGCCUUUCUGUCAAGCUCCUUUUCCGGGCCAAGUCCCCUAUGCAGGUCCACCGUCUUUCAGUUCUCAGAACCAGCCCAACAUCAGGAACCAAUACCCUACUCAAGCAAGCCACCCUGCCCCCUUGUUCUGCUACCCUCCACCCUCCGAAACCCCGAAACCCCCCAUGGAAGGCCAGUCUCGCUCCUCAACACCACAGUCAGGAGGAGUUGGAGGCCCGGCAUCACCACCCCUCUUCCAGUCUCGCUGUAGCUCUCCACUGAACCUGCUUGAGCUGGAGCUAUCUGUGGACAGACAGGACAGCACUGCGCUCUCUUCUGGAGGACAAGGGAACAACACGAAUGAAAGGGAGAAAGGAGCGAGUGGCGGCCAGGCCAAGGAGAGAGAGCUGAAGCAGGUAAACAAGGAAGCAAACCACCCUUUGAUUCCUCAACUGUCCUUUGUCCCCAAAGUCUCCCAAAGUGUACGAUUGAUGUUCUUCACCUGUAUAGUCCUGAAACAGUAAAAGGGAAAUGUCCCUUUCAAUAUUUUAGAAUAUCCCUUAACCUCAUGAUUGAGGGUUGUUGGAACUUCGGUAGGCAGUCAUGUUCCUCUAAGAUACUCAGUCAGAUGUCCCGCAACCCUCUCCGGGUUUGAUGCCGUGGUCACUAUGACUCCUCAGUAUAACCGACAAUGAUAAAAUGUAUUGCCAUUGUAUUAUUAUGCCAUGAACAAAGUCAAAUCAGCCUAGACUCCUCCCAUGAAAUGUGGCCCAGGGUGUUAACACAUGAUGUUAUUAUCCCUUACACCCUUUAGCCAUCUCUCAGUCUCCUUGGUCCACCAGGACCCUUGUAUUACGAGGGCACGCCCUGUGUCUGUGAGCGUUUUUCUUGGGAUAAAGUGUGCUCUAGACUGAGGGCUUACAACAAAGAGGUAGGCAAAUCAUCAGAAAAACUCCACACUUUUUCAAUCCCAUUCCUCCCUGAUUCCAUUUGUCAAUUACAACUGUAACUUUUUCCUUUUCAUGACUUAUAAUCAGAAUUUUAAAGCUUAUAAUGUGCGAGACUGAGGAGUUAAAAGGGACAUAAUCUGAUAAAAGAAAUGUUGUAUGAGUUACUAGUAAAUGUCCUUAAAGUAAAACUGAACCCUUCCUCUGGUACACUACUGUACUGUAUGUAUGCAUGCAUGCAUACAUACUCUUGGAUUUUGCAUGGCACUAAGUGUUUGUGCUCUUUUUGAAUGAGUUGCCUUACUUUAAAGAAGCAGCAGAAGGAUCAGGAUCACUGACGUGUUUCUAACUCUGCUCAGCCUUAUGGUGUUGCUCUACUAAUCUGAUCGUUUUGUGUACUAAGUGGUUUGGUCGAUGAAAAAUUUUCCAUAUUUGCUGAAGAAAUACACUCCCUGCUGAGUCAAAAAUGUCAGAUGCGAGAUGCAGCACAGCCAAUGAUACUGCUCCUGCCUUCUUUAUGAACUGCGGGAGAUGGAGAAAGAACUAAAUAUGGUCUGUCAGCGAGAGCUGAGAGGUCACACUCCUCUUUAACAGCACUGCUGUUAUGUUUUGCAGGCAAGUUCCCGUGGGGAUGGCAACAACAGUGACGUAAACUCUUCAUCCAGUGACAUGUUAGACAUCAUUCUGCAUGGGGACUCCUGCUCAGGCACCGGCUCUGCCACCUCGGGGUCCAUGGGCUCAAGGUCCAACGGCUGUGGGACUUCAGCCAGCGGGACAUCUAACAGUGGGACAUCUAAGAGCAGGACAUCAGCCAGUGCAGCUUCAGCAAGCGGGACCUCUGGCAGUGGCACAGGUCUGUUGCAGAUUUUAUGGAAAUGAUAAAUAAUGGUCUCCUUUUACAUCCUUUGCAGUAAAUGAGCAGGAAUGACUGAAAAACAAGUGCAGUCAUAUCUGUAAAAAAAAAAAAACACAAAAAUGUACAUAACAUGCCUGUUCAAGUUUUUUUGGAGGGUUUGUAAAAAGCCUAUUAUUAUUAUUAUUAUUAUUAUUAUUUUGGGGUUGUUUUUUUUAUUAUUUUUUUUAUAGCACUUUUAAAAACAGAAGUUUACAAAGUGCUUUGACAAAGAGUCAAAAGGCACAUAUAAAUAAAGACAAAUAAAACAAAAAGCCCAGUUAAAAUGGUAGAGGGCCAUUUUCAUGUCACAAGGAACCCAGACAAUACAAGAACAAUGCAACAUAAAAUGAGAUCAUGAGGACCAAAAUAAAAACAUGAAAUAAUGAAGAAAAAGAAAAUGCAAUAAAAGGGGAUGAAGCAUAAAACAGAAUAGUAAAUAUAAAAGACAAUUUUAAUAACAAUAAAAAAAUUAAGUAAUUACGAUAAUAAUAGUAAUGAUAAAAUAGAACAUCAGAAAUGAGCAAGAGAUAAAACAAUAAAAGGCCUAAAAGGUUAAUUAAGAAAAGACUAUAAGUAUAACAAAAGCUAAAAAGGCAGUAAAGCAGAGAUAAGAUAGAGGUAAAAGAGAUAAAAGAUAAAAGACAAGCAAAUCACUAAAUAUAAUGAGCCUAUGGCAGCAUAACUAGGAGCUCAUCCAAAUCUGAGUCAGCCUGACUGUGAACUUUAUUUAAUAAGAAAAGUUUUAAGCUCAACCUUAAAAGCAGAGAAGGGUGGUCUGUCUUUCCGUCUCAAACUUAUUGAUGAUUCAACACAAGGAUGGCCUCAUAUUUAUAGACUUUUCCUCCCUUGCUAUCUUUUGAAGGCUGUUCUUGAACUGUUUGAAUUGAAACACAUACUCUAAGAUGUUACUUUUAAAGAAUAUUGUAUAUAAUCCUAGAAAAGUUUCCCAGACACCACUCUAGCAAGAUCUUUUAAAUUAACAGUGUUUCAAAGAUUUUAAAACCCUAUAUCUAUGUGCUCCUUCAGGAAGCCACAACAGCAGUAAAUACUUUGGCAGUGUGGACUCGUCCCAGAACAGCCAGAGGGUCAAAGGUCACUUGAGCAGCAAUGAUGGACAACAGCUGGAAAUGGAGCAGAGUGAAAACUUUAAGUGUGUACUACAUGACCCGCUGUGGCUGCUGACGGCCAACGCUGAUGACAAUGUCAUGAUGACCUAUCAGCUGCCCUCGCGGUGAGUAGGAGGACAGUGGCACAGCCUGUGAGAAGUAGGAUAGAUGCCUCGUAGGCACAAAUGUUUGUUGGAUUAGUAACCUUUGUUUUUACAGAAGGCAGAGUUUGCAUUUGGGUGUCUUCUGUUUCUAAUUAGUGCAGCAGGUGUCCUUUUUGGACCGUGGAGAAUGUGUGUACGAUCAGGCAGCAGAAAACAUGGAACAGCUUAACUGUGCACAUUGUCCUCUUUUAAAAACGCUAAGAUACUAAAGUGCAUUGUAUUUACACCAGAUAGUCUUUGUGUGUAUGAGUCAUUGUAUACCUGUUGUACUGUACUCGGUGUAGUGAAGAAAGUCCACACUAAGUAUUGAGCCUCCUCUCACUGCAGUGUUUUCUGCCCGCUGGCUACACUCACAUCUCAAAGUGGAGUCACAGUGGGCUGCAGAGAUGUGAUCGUAGUCAUAGCACUGUUACUGUCUUAUUUUGUACACUAUGUUAUUUUAAACUGUACUGCUUUACUGUCAAUUAAAGAUUCUAGGAUCAGUGUGCGUCUCCACAUGGUUGGUCUGUGUAGUCAUUCUUUCUUACCACUAGAUGGCACUUUUACAUCAACAAGUGCUGAUAGCCACCUGUAGGCAAGUUAUCAGCACUUUGGGAGCUGAAGUUUAGGGAUGGUUAUCUCAAGAUUAUUCAUUAGUAAUUUUGACAGCCAGAGAUUUUCCACUUUUGUGUUUAUAUUAUCCAACCCUCUUAUUACCAGAUUGUAAUCAAUAAAAGUGUUGAGUCAUGUAUAUGUGUGUGUAUGCUGUUUCUGCAGUGACAUUGAGAGAGUGCUCAGAGAAGAUAGAGAGAAGCUCAGGCUGCUGCAGAAAAGACAGCCGCGCUUUUCAGAGGAGCAGAAAAAAGAGCUGAUCGAAGUCCACCCCUGGAUAAAAAAGAGAAGUCUGCCAAAAGCAUUGGACGUGAAGGUAGAGUCACAUGUUUUUAAUUCAAGAUCCAUUUCUGUUCUUUGUUGUAACUCAGCUGUAAAAUGACAUGAUGUACUCCUCUUUCUCAUCUUCAUAUUUAAAUCUUUACUCACCAGGUGUGUUCCUGCUGUGAAGACACCUUAGAAGCAGCAGAGGAGGAUCAGCCAGACCUGGACAUCGGCGAUUCAGAUUCAGGGGAUGUCAGCUGUCGACAGAGGACUAGGGAUGAACCUACAGACACUUUAGUCAUUUCCUGCCACAGCCUGUCUGCUGAUUCUCAGGCAUAACCAGCACAGCAGUGAAAUGCUAAAGACUCUCAGAGACUCUUGUUUCCUAUCAGCCUCUAGUUCUGCAAAACUGUGACAAGAGACUUAAUUUAAAUGAAUCAGAAAACAGGCCCUUUGCUCUCCACACAGAAUUCAUCACUUUUGUUGUCUUGCUGUUUCUGUUUUUUUAAUUUUAUUUAUUAAUGAAUCUGUUUGGAUGUCAGAAAAGCUGACUAAGACAGUCAAGACUUGGUUACAACGUGGUCAUUAAAAUUAUACUUCAGUUCAUUCAAACGUACUUUUAAGUUGCACCAGAGGGAUGUUUUCAUUGAUAGCAACCUUCAUAUCCUUGUAGCACUGAUCAGUCAGCAGCACAUUGCUGAAGCGUUUUUGCACUGAUGAAGAUUUGUAGGGCCCAAUAGAGAAGACACAGGGAGCGCUCAUACACUGGGCAGCAGGUCAAACAAACAUGAACCAGCUGGAGGUUUCGGGGAACGGCUUUGUGGGGUUCUGACUGUUGCAGAUAAUGAAUCCAUUCAGCAUUUUGUGAAGUCAAUUUUCUCAGCACUGCUAUGUUAGCAUGUGGUGAGACCAGGUGGAGACAUCCAUAAUCAUCAAGCUGCAAAUGAAGAACACUGUGCACAGACUGCACAGGACAAAAAAUGACACUCCUGCAGGCCUGCUCUGUUUGCUCUAACUAACUAAUAAGUUUGUGGCAUUGCAGAAGGAAAUAAAAGACAAACAAAUAACAGGUUUUCACCACCUCACAUUGAUGGUAAAUAUUUAUGAGUCGACAUUUAUGCAGCAUUUUGUAGCUAGCCGGAGUCAGGUCACUUUUGUCCUGUAAGAUAUGCUUUCGGCUGGUUGAUUUUCUAACUAUUAUCAUAGUGGUCAGUAUCAUUUAAAUAUCGGAAAACAGAACUAUUGUUCCUUUGGAAAUGUUGGAAGAUAACACAUAAGGUAGCUAAAAAUGGUAUUACCCUUGUACUUCUGUUACUGUUCUCGAGCAGGAUGGAGGUGGUGAAAACACUGGUGAAAAAGACAAUCUGAAGCAUCACAAACUGUGAGCUAGGUUUACUCUAGCCCCUCAUGUUUUGUUGUAAAAUUCAUUCAAAACUCUGCAUGCUUCAUCUGUGUGCAGCAUUUUUAUUUUCAAUAUGAGUUGUGACACUCUCAGUUUCACUCAUUAAUUAUAUGGAUGCCUCAUUUUCAGUUUAAGAAACACUUUAUGUAUCACAUUUGAUGCUUUUAUGAAUUUUUGUCUCCAUAUCAGAGCAUAUAUAUUUUUCUGUGCAAUGCUUUUCCCUGUGUGAAGAGAUUAGAGAUUUUAACUUAUAAUGACCCAGCUCAAACAGGCAGCAGGACCAAGACUUAUAAUAUUUUCUGUAAAUAACAUUUUUAACAAAGUGAGUCUAUGAGUGGCACCACGAAUUGUAAAUAAUGAGAAAAGUUUGUGGUGGGCUUCUGUUAAAGCAGGGUGAAUGAUGGUGACUUCCCUUGCAUGAAUGUGUGGCACAUGACACUUAAACUGGUCUGAUGUUGGUCCUCAUAAAUAUGGAAAAGAGGAUGCAGUGGAAGUGAGUGAAGCUCAUUGCUGUUCAGAACAAACAGCGUGCUCGCUUCAGAAGUCAGAGUUUAGGGUUAUUGCACGGGUAUAAAGCAGCUCACACAGAUGUCAGGAGACUGUGUUUGGCUUUGAAGCCUCUGCUGUGAAGUCAGAUGAAACGUCGCUUUUCUCUGCUACUUGAACAUUUCCUGAAUUUGUUAUCACUCUUUGUUGUUUUAACUGCAUAUCUCUGUUAGACAUUAUUGAAUAUGUUAAAGCUUUAUUGUGUUUUAUUUUUAUUAUGUUUGUAAAAAAAAUUCUCUAAAUAAAUUGUUGCCUAAUUCACAGUGAG